AUGGUUUCGAAAAUUGAUGAAUUAGCUGUUUCAACAAUUAGAGGUUUAUCAGUUGAUCAAGUUAAUGCUGCUCAAUCUGGUCAUCCAGGUGCUCCUUUAGGUUUAGCUCCGGCUGCUCACGUUGUUUGGCAAAAUAUGAAAUUUAAUCCAAAAAAUCCAAAAUGGAUUAAUAGAGAUAGAUUUGUUUUAUCAAAUGGUCAUGCUUGUGCUUUAGAAUAUUCUUUAUUAGUUUUAUAUGGUUUUGAUUUAAAAGUUGAUGAUUUAAAACAAUUUAGACAAUUAAAUUCUAGAACUCCUGGACAUCCAGAAUGUAAAGAUACAGAAGGGAUUGAAGUUACUACAGGUCCAUUAGGUCAAGGUAUUUCAAAUGCUAUUGGUAUUGCAAUUGCUCAAAAACAAUUUGCUGCUACUUAUAAUAAAGAAGAUAUAAAAAUUUCUGAUUCUUAUGUUUAUGCCUUUUUAGGAGAUGGUUGUUUGAUGGAAGGUGUUUCAAGUGAAACUUCAUCAUUAGCUGGUCAUUUACAAUUGGAUAAUUUAAUUGCAUUUUGGGAUGAUAAUAGAAUUUCAAUUGAUGGUGAUACUAAUUGUGCUUUUACUGAAAAUGUUCCUGAAAGAUAUAAAGCUUAUGGUUGGAAUGUUAUUGAAGUUCCAAAUGCUGAUACCGAUUUAGAUGCAAUUGCAAAAGCUGUUGAAGAUGCUAAACAAACUAAAGGUAAACCAACUUUAAUUAGAUUAAUUACUACUAUUGGUUAUGGUUCAUUACAAGCUGGUACUCAUGGUGUUCAUGGUGCUCCAUUAAAACCUGAUGAUUUAAAACAAUUGAAAAAAUCAUGGGGUUUCCCAGAAGAAUCAAAUUUCUAUAUUCCAGAAGAAGUUGCUGAUUAUUUUGCUAAAAAAGUUGUUGAAAAUCAAAAAUAUGAAAAUGAAUGGGCUAAAGUUUUCCAACAAUAUAAACAAAAAUAUCCAAAAGAAGGUGCUGAAGUACAAAGAAGAUUGGAUGGUAAAUUACCAGAAAAUUGGAAAGAAAAAUUGCCUCAAUUUACUUCAAAAGAUAAAGCUUUAGCUACUAGAAAAUUAUCUGAAGGUGUUAUCGAUGCUAUUUAUGGUGAAUUACCAGAAUUUAUUGGUGGUUCAGCUGAUUUAACCGGUUCUAAUUUAACAAGAGUUGAAGGUUCAGUUGAUUUCCAACCACCAUCAACUGGUUUAGGUGAUUAUGCAGGUAGAUAUAUUAGAUAUGGUGUUAGAGAACAUGGUAUGGGUGCUAUUAUGAAUGGUAUUGCUGCUUUUGGUGCCAAUUACAGAAAUUAUGGUGGUACAUUUUUAAAUUUCGUUUCAUAUGCUUCAGGUGCCGUUAGAUUAUCAGCAUUAUCAGGUCAUCCAGUUAUUUGGGUUGCUACUCAUGAUUCAAUUGGUUUAGGUGAAGAUGGUCCAACCCAUCAACCUAUUGAAACUUUAGCUCAUUUAAGAGCUAUUCCAAAUAUGUCUGUUUAUAGACCAGCUGAUGGUAAUGAAACUACUGCUGCUUAUAUUUCAGCUAUUGAAACUAAUGAUCAUCCAACUGUCAUUGCAUUAACUAGACAAGGUUUACCUCAAUUGGAAAAUUCAAGUACUGAAGAAGCUUUGAAAGGUGGUUAUACUAUACAUAAAGUUGAAAAUCCAGAUAUUAUUAUUGUUUCUUCAGGUUCAGAAGUUUCAAUUUCAAUUGAUGCUGCUAAAAAAUUAAAAGAUGAAGGUAUUAAUGCUUCAGUUGUUUCAAUGCCAGAUUUCUUUACAUUUGAUAAACAACCACAAAGUUAUCAAUUUAGUGUUUUACCAGAUGGUGUUCCUAUUAUGUCAGUUGAAGUUAUGUCAACUUAUGGAUGGUCAAAAUACUCACAUGAACAAUUUGGUCUUAAUAGAUUUGGUGCUUCUGGUAAAGCUAGUGAUAUAUAUAAAUUUUUCCAAUUUACUCCAGAAGGUAUUGCUGAUAGAGCUUCAAAAACAGUCAACUAUUAUAAAGGUAAAACUGUUUUAUCACCAUUACACCAUGCUUUUUAG